AUUACGCAGUUUCUUUACCCAAUCAGUGGUCGAGAAAAGAGAAGCUGACCAAUAAAAAUGCAGAAAAAUGAAUCGCGUUAGAGUGAGUGUCAGGACAGUAGCAAGAAGCAGAAUUUCUGUGAGAAGCAGCGAAGCGGAGAACUAAUGAUCCACUAUGCCGAGCCAGUCUCUCCAGUAGAAUGGAAAAUUACGAAAAGGUGAAACAAAUUGGGGAAGGCUCAUUUGGAAAGGCCAUCCUUGUGAAGUCCAAGGACGAUAGACGCCAGUAUGUCAUCAAGGAGAUUGGGAUAUCUGGAAUGUCCAGUAAAGAGAGGCAGGAAUCUCGGAGAGAAGUGGCUGUUCUUGCCAACAUGAGUCAUCCCAACAUUGUGCAGUAUAAGGAGUCUUUUGAAGAAGAGGGAUGUCUUUACAUCGUCAUGGAUUACUGUGAGGGAGGGGACCUUUUCAAAAAGAUCAACUCUCAGAAAGGAGUACUGUUUCCAGAGGAACAAAUUCUAGAUUGGUUUGUGCAGAUUUGCCUUGCACUGAAGCACGUACACGAUCGGAAAAUUCUCCAUAGGGACAUUAAAUCUCAGAAUAUAUUUUUGACAAAAGAAGGGACGGUUCAACUUGGAGACUUUGGGAUUGCGAGGGUUCUGAACAGCACCGUAGAACUGGCGAGGACAUGUAUAGGGACACCUUACUACUUAUCACCAGAGAUCUGUGAAAACAAACCGUACAACAAUAAAAGUGAUAUUUGGGCCCUUGGGUGUGUCCUGUAUGAAAUGUGCACUCUUAAGCAUGCAUUUGAAGCUGGUAACAUGAAGAACUUGGUCCUGAAGAUAAUUCGAGGCUCCUACCCUCCUGUUUCUGUUCACUAUUCCCAAGAGCUGCGCUCUCUCUUGGCGCAGCUUUUUAAACGCAAUCCCAGAGAGAGGCCUUCAAUCGGCAGUAUUCUGGACAAACCUUUCCUGUCCUGUAGGAUAGAGAGGUUUCUGACACCACAGAUCAUUGCUCAGGAAUUCCGCCAUACUUUUCUUCACAAGCAGCCUAAAAUGGGUGUGGCACAGGUGCCACCAGCCCAGAAGGUUACAAAACCAGCAUGUAAAUAUGGAGUGCCUUUAACGGUGAGGAAGGUUGGCGAUGGAGCCAAGAAGUCUUCAGAGAGGAAAGCUGCAGUAAAACACAAACCGGCCCUUCUCCCAGCAGCCCCUCAAAGAAGGAUCAGUCAAGUGGAGGAAGAAAGAAAAAAGCAAGAGGAUGGCAUCAGAAAGAAAAGAAUGGAGCUGAUAGAGAAAGAAAGGAAACAGAGAGAACAGGUAUUCCUGUUGAAAGGAGAGCAAAUUAAGAGAUAUGAAAAGGAAAAGAUUAGUCGAAUAAACCAAGCCAGAGAACAAGGCUGGAAGCAUUUUUUGAGUUCAAGUGGAGGCAGCAGUCCAGAGAGGAAGUGUUUCGUGGGAGGUAAAAGGGCUGUGGGGGUCCAAGGUUCUGGUCUGGGCCUUUCUCCAGCUCCAAACCCCACCAAGAGCCCGUAUGAAAACCACUAUGCGGCUCUGGACCAAAUGGUUAAAUCCCAGCCCAAAGAAACCAGCAGGGAGGGAUCCUCAGCAGGACCAGGAAGUCCCAUUAGAGGUAUACCAGCUGCUGCAGGCCCAGUACUGCCCAACGGACCUGCCCAACGACUAAACUCUGACGUAAUCAAAAGAGAACUUCAGAGGCUGCACCAUGUUUCUAAACAAGCCCAGAUUAGCCGGCAGCGUGGUCAGAUACCAGCUGAACGGGCCUUUCAGGUUGAGGAGUUUUUACAGCGCAAGCGAGAAGCAAUGCUUAACAAAGUGAGAGCUGAAGGACAGCUGGGUACUCGACAAAACCUGGCUGCAAUCUAUGGAAGCCGGGCCGGUGCGGCUCGGUGCAGGCGACCUAAAGUCAACAGAGAGGAGGAGGAGUACUUGGCAAGACUCCGGCAGAUCCGCUUGCAGAACUUCAAUGAGCGUCAACAGAUCAAAGCCCGACUGAGAGGAGAGAAGUAUGACAGCGACGGCUCUGAUAGCCAGGAGUCGAGUGAGGAGGCAGAUCUCAGGAGGAAAAAGAUAGAGGUUUUAAAAGCUCAGGCAAACGCCCGUGUUGCUGUACUGAAAGAGCAGCUUGAGAAGAAGAGGAGGGAAGCAUACGAGAGAGAAAAGAGAGCCUGGGAGGACCAUCUUGCUGCGGCUCGUGGUGCCAAGUGUGGCAUUCCUGCUGGAAGUGUAGCAGUAGCAGCUGGAGCAGCAUCGUCUACCUCUGAAUGUCCUCCACAAGCCGCUCCAUUCCAGCCUGACGCAGCUGUCAAAGCUUCAGCUCUGCCCACAUCCAAGCCCUCCACCCCUUCUAUUUCCAUGACCGCUGCCCUGGAGAACGUCGGAGCGAUGACUCCGCUAAAAGAAACCUUGAAUGAAACUGAGACGGCAACAGUGAGCCAGAGUGAGAAGAAGCAGAUUCUCCGCAGACUUAACCAGAACAUGAAAGCCCAGAGCCCAGUGGAUGAACUGGAGGAAACUCCUCCUGCACCUUCAGAACCAAGUCCUUCUCCCCAGCAGGAGCCGUUGAACACGGAGAAACGUCCCCUUUCAGAUGGAGAUCGGAAAAAAUGGGAAGUAGCAGAGAUACCUUUACUCCCUGUGCCUCAGCAAACCUUCGGGGAGACUUGUUCCACAUCAAGCACCACUUUAGCAUCUCCAGAGGAAAGGCCAUCCUCUGGUGGAGACAGGAAGAAGUGGGAGGCAGGGGCUCCUCUUGUCCUUUCUGUUGCUCAGCAAACACUUGAGGAAACGUGCAUCACAACCAUUGAUCAAAUGCGGGGGGAAGUCAUACGGAUGGGCGAGCUUCAGGAAAACGUUCCCAGCAAGGUGUGGGAAGAGAAUCCAGUGUGUGAGGGGCUGAAGGAGCUUCAGGGUGCAAAGCUUCAGCCCCACACUCAUCAGCCACAGAUUGUUACAAUAUCUGAUGGUGGAGAACUGUUGACCUCUGCUGUGGAUCAAAGAUUGACUGAUGGAAACCAGGAAGCGUCUUUGGCAAAAGCAUCGCUGCUGCCCAACCCUACUGAUAUUCAGGAUUCAGCUGACCUGGAGUCAGUGGUUUUGGAGGAGAUUCCUAAACAAGCAUCAAAUCCACCAGCUAAAGUGCAACAAGCUUGGGAACAGGAAGCCCAAAAGCAAAUGCCACAGGGGGGUGUGAUAAGACCAACAGACAGCCAGGAUAUUGGGAAGCGUUCAGAGAAACCAACUGAAUCCUCAUGUUUAGCUCAGCAUGAGGAGCCCUUGUUUCUUAAGUGCUCACCGGCCCACCGACGUACCGCUGCCCUGUCUGCCCAGUCCUCCAUGGAUGAAUCAUCCUCCUCUCUGGCCUCUCGCUCUCGAUCCGUCUCACCUUUGCGCUCCAAGAACCAGAACGCCCUCCUCAUUGAUCUCUCUGCGGGCAUGUUUGAUGCCAACAACCCAAAGAUGCUGCGGACGUGUUCUCUACCUGACCUCAGUCGGCUCUUCAGCCCUCAGCAGGACUCGGCAGUAACAAGCAAGGCCAAUGUUUCCCCAGACAAAGACCUGGAAAUUGAGGAUCUGGAAGAAGCUGUUAAAGAUGAUGACCAAUCAGACGCUGAGGAUGCAUACGAAGAUGAUCUGCGGGACAUCAGGGCCUCGAUGGAGAGGCUGCUGCAGGAAGAAAGCGACCGGAGUCCUCCAGAUGUUAUUGGAGCUGGAGAUUUUAAUGGAAACCCUCCACAGGAUGGAGACAACGAGCUGUUCAACAGGAUGGCGACUGAGCUCGAUCAGGACAAUCAGAUGGCUGUAGAUGAUGACGAAGAUGACGAGGAUGAAGAGGAGGACGAGGAUGAAGACGAGGAAUGCUCUAAUGGAAGUCCGGGUGAUGACGAGGCCAAGGAGUUGCUUUCUAAUGGUGUGGGAGAUGAACGGCAAAAUAACGGCAAGCAGCUGAAUGAAGAUUGGCAAUCAGAUGGCAGCAUAGAAGAUCAAGGCGUCGAGGGUAACCAUCAUGACAGCAUCUUCAGUCGUCUGGAAGAGCUUCGCUUCAAUCUGGAGCAGCAGAUGGGUUUUGAGAAGUUCAUUGAAGCUUACAAUAAGAUUAAGGCUAUACAUGAAGAUGAAGACGAGAAUAUUGAACUGGGUUCCAGUUUGGUAUCAAACAUACUGGGAACCGAGCACCAGCAUCUGUACCCAAACAUCCUUCAUCUAGUGAUGGCCGAUGGUGCCUACCAGGAAGACAAUGAUGAGUAACGUUCUGUGCAGUGGAGCUGGUGGUAGCAGCCUGAUAUCUUCUCACAACCUGCAACAGACAGAAGGAUUUAUGCAUGAAGAAUGGCUGCCCCUCACAUGUCAGUGGUUUGCAUGAUGUUCUAAGUAGAGCACUUGAGACUGUCUCUGAUUCUCAGCACCUGGCAGUCUUUCCUAACCAGUGUUUGUUCAUACGUGCAUUUUUAAAUCUGUUAUUCUUUUGGUAACCAAAGUUCAUUUCAAGAUUCUGUAGAAAUGUGUUGCUGCCUGUGUCCUCAGAUGAAUGACACCUGUAUGUAUUGGCACUUUGGUUAAUUGCUAAACUGUGUUUUUCACUUGUUUGUUUUUAUUGAACUCUUUAGUGGCAUUUAAUGUUAAAGGGGCUUCUCUCAGGUUCUUUCUUUCUGUGCCACACUCAACCAUCAACUUCAAAUUAUAAACCAGGAUACCUUCAACACAAAGGACUAUAUUAUACUGAAAAACCAGUUAUACCUCCCUUUCUACAAGGCUUUCUACCAUAUACAAAGUUAAAUGCUAUCUAACUUCAUUUUCCACACUAUUUUUACUGCUUGCCCAACACGAAGCAAAGAUUUGCCACCAAGGUACUGUAGCGGCUCUGGCUUGUGGGAGUUGUAGGUCUGGUAUGAUUAAGCGACCGUCUAGAAGAUGUAACUUGUGGUAAUGAUGAUUCCACAUUGUUCCUGUUUAAUUAUAUAUUGUAAAUCAGUUUUUUUUAUUUAAUAAAGUUUUUAUUAACCUGA